GCGAUACUUACAAAGUGACGUCAUUCCAUGAUGGCUGAAGAUCCUGGCGGAACAUUUUUCAAUUUCUCUCUCAUUUUUCUUUCUUUCUCUCUACCUCCGCUUGCCAUAGAGACAUGGCAGGACUCACAGGCCCGUUAAGUGUCCACAGAUCAUUGGUGUCGACAUGCCCAAGAAAGGGAACCGAAAACGGCUGAAGUUUAAAGCCGGGGACGUUUGUUCGGAAUCAGUCACUGUUGCUGAUUAUGCUGAUGCCGACCCUGCCGUUGUGAAGUCAGGGAGGGUGAAAAAAGCUGUUGUAAAUGCAGUUGAAAAAGAAGUUAAAUUACUCUGCGGCCUGGAAGCAUCUCAGGGUGCCGUGGAGGAGGUCCUGUCGUCUGCAGCCACUGUCACAGCAGACGCCUUGGACAGCAGCGAUGACCUAGACCCUGAAGAAGAUGGAGAAAGUGAAAGUAAACUCGCCCGCAAGAAGAAAAACAAAAGGAGAAAGGAGAGCACUGAUGGGCAGGAGUAUCCAGUUGAUAUUUGGUUAGUGCUCUCCUCCUAUAUCCGGCCUGAGGAUGUUUGCAAAUUUGCUCUCAUCUGCAAGAAUGCAUGGACAGUCACAUGCACUGCAGCAUUUUGGACCAGGCUGUACAGAAGACACUACAGGAUUGAUGCUGACUUGCCCUUCCGUCUUCAGCCUGACUCUGUUGCUAAGAUGCGCUGUUUACGGGCCCGUGUGAUUCGCUCCCUUUUCCAUUUGUAUGAGCCGUUCGACUUGCGUGUAUCAAAAAUUCCUGCCCUGCCAGAAUCCACACCCACCGCCCUUCUCAACUCCAAGUGUUUGCUGUUUUGGGUUAGAAAGGUAACUGGGACACGACCAGAUGCAUUGUGGGAGUUCAACUUCAAGUUUCUAAAGGAGCAGGUUCGCAGUAAGAAUGGUUCUACCAAGUCUUUGCGGAUGCCAAGCCGAUAUGAAGAUGUCCAUACAAACGCAGACUCUGACUGCUACAUACUUCAGGUCACCACCCUCAACUUCAUCUUCACCCCUAUCGUCAUGGGCAUGACACUGACCCUGUUCACAAUAAAUGUUAGCACAGACAUGCGCCACCACCGUGUUCGUCUAGUGUUCCAGGACUCACCACUUCAUCGGGGGAAGAAGAGGGGUGAUCAGGGCGGGACCCAGGUGGUGCUGGAUCCCGUGCAGAGUGUGAAGCUCAUGGACUGGUGGCACCCACAGUACCCCUCCUCGCCCUACACAUAGAGGUCGUGCCCCCUCAACUCCUACUACAGUCGCAUGUCACACCAAGAAACCUGUUUAACUGCAAAGUCUUGCAAAUUUGGGUUUUGAUUGUCAUCCUUGAAUGUUCAAAAAAAUGACAACAUUGACUGGCCUGAGUUGGAAUGUAAAUACUACCUUCAAGUGUUUGCUUCAAGCGAAACAUGUGGCAUCCUAACCCCCUGCACCUUACUUGUAGUGUCACUGAGAUGUCAUAUUCUUCAUCGACACUGGAUGUUUGUCCUUUACUGCAGGAUUAUCAAGUGUGAAGUGUUUUUGUAGGAAACUGGGCUUGUUGUGUAUGUGCACAAGUCUGUCAUAUUAGACCACAUGGUUGCAUUGGCUUCUCCUAAAAUCGCCAAACAGUCCUUAGCUUUGUAGUUCCAAGUAGGAAAGGGUAAUAAAAAACACAUAAAAAUAACUUAGUAAGCAAUUCAAGUGAUGACUGUUUGUUGAACUGCAUCAGCUCCUUCAGUAGUUUCUCAGUUGGCCUUAUCUGUCCAGCAGUUUUUGCAAAUUGAAUCCAGAAAUCAUAUUUUUUGCAAGAUCUCACUUCAUGUAGUGUUGCCUAGAUAUAGCAGAUACAACAGCCAUGUUGAAUAGCAUAAAACCAAUUUGAUUCAAUAGUAGUUAAAAGACCUGUUCCUCCAGAUGUGGCAGAGAAUAAAAUGCACUUAUUGCCACAAGACUCAUUAAAAUGCAAGUCAGCUUUUAGGUAACAUAGACGACAUUUGUGCAUGUUCAACAUGUGGCAGUGUUGAAACUAGUGGAUUAACAGGGUGGAACAUUGUGCCAUCUCCUCAUGGAUGUAUCUAUGUCCAUUUAAAAAAGUUACACUGAAAUACUUGUUUUUGCUUUGAUUCGGAUUUGGAAAAUGUUGCACCAGAAGAUCAUGAUUGCUUCUUUCUAUGUCUUAGAUUUCUCUUGAUGUAUUGAAUUCAAGGCAGCCUCACUUUGUAUAAUGUAAAUAUGACACUGCACUACACUGACACGGCCAAAGAGAUCAUUUACCUCAGCCUUCAUCCUCUCAUAUGCUGAGUAAGGCAGUGUUACUUUCCUAUCAAGUGUUCCGUGAGAUAAAAGUGAUUUCGUUUGUCUACUUGCUGACAAUGUGAGCCGUUUCACCCACUGCCUCAACAUGAACUCAGAAUGGCUCAGAGUUUCUGAAAUGGUGAGUCUUUUGAGUGUUGAAUGGGAGUAGAAUUGUACCAAUCACACGUGUUAUUAUGAUGGGGAGAGAGAGCUACCAUUGAUAAAGACAUUCAUACAUCUACCAGACACUGCAAAAAUUGGUUUACAUGGUGGAAUUUUCACUAUUACAUGUAUUGUAAGUUAAAUCAAACCCAGCUGAUCACAUACAGUGUCAGAAAUUAAAAAAUACUUAAUAUUUCCCCAUAUUAGGAAACAGCUGGUAAGCAGUGGAUUAUUCUAUCAGACAAUGUUUGCUUGAACAUGCACAUUUUCUCCACUGAAAUAAAAACUGAAACUGCCCAUUCAAA